AUUGUGGAUUUUUUGGCUGCUGCUGGUUCAGGUACAGAUUGGGGGCAAUAUGAGGGAUUGGUUGCUGCUACCUCAGGUAUAUUGGGCAAUAUGGUUUCUGCUGGCACAGGUAUACAGAUGUUUGAGGCAAUAUGAUGGAUAUUUGGCUGCUGCUGUACACAUGUACAGAUUAGGGGUAACAAUAUGAUGAAUGUUUUGGUUUAUCCUGGCACUGGUGUAGGUUGGGUACAAUCUGAGGGAUUGACUGCCGUUGGCACAGGUACAUGGGGCAAUAUGAAUGGUAAAGUGGGAAAUGGUAAUGCAGGACCGGGUGGGGGGGGGCACUGACUGAAACCCUUGCCUAGGGUGCCAAAAUACCUUGGCCCAGCCCUGAAAAGGGGUGUGUUAGUGAAAAAGGGGCCAUUCAGUGGAAAUGUUGUGAGUUGGGUGGAGAGAUGGAGGUGCAGGGAAGAAAACAGCAACCUGGAAGUGGGGACUGGGAGCUUGGCUGGUAUUUUACAGACCACUAGACCAUUGACAUUCUGGGCAGGUGGAUACCCUAGUUUUCGAAAGGGCAAAUUACUGACAGCAGGAGACAGACUGUUACUGUUGGAGACCAGAGGAGACGGGUUUCAAAUUGGUGCAUUCCCGACAAAUAUAGGAGUUGAUUUCAAAAUGAAGACAAUAGAGGUUGAUGGGAUCAAAGUACGAAUACAAAUCUGGGACACAGCUGGUCAAGAGAGAUACCAGACAAUUACCAAACAGUACUAUAGAAGAGCACAGGGUAUAUUCCUAGUCUAUGAUAUAACAAGCGAACGUUCCUAUCAGCAUAUAAUGAAAUGGGCAAGUGAUGUAGACGAGUAUGCACCGGAUGGAGUUCAGAAAAUUUUAAUUGGGAACAAAGCUGAUGAAGAACAGAAACGACAGGUUGGAAAAAAUCAGGGGAUGAAGCUUGCAGAGGAGUAUGGAAUGGACUUCUUUGAGACAAGUGCCUGCACUAAUUACAAUAUUAAGGAGUCUUUCACUCGUCUGACAGAGCUGGUCCUGAUGGCUCACAAGAGGGAGCUGGAGGGCUUGCGAAUGUCUUCUGCUGAUGAACUGAAUCUAGCUGAACUUGAAGACGAUGGCAGUAAAGCAGAUGGAAUGGGAAAUUCCUCGAAAUCCUGUUGGUGCUAGAAAUGGCCUUUUGUAAAGAUGUGCGUAAAAUUUCACCGGAAGAGGGCGUAUUCAUCUGAGUGCAUUACCUGGGCAGCCAGCCAUGUGGAUGGACCACUCAUGGAAAUCUUGCUACUGUUAUAAUAUAAAUGUAUCAUUUAAAGAAAAGGAGAACAAAAAGUUUUAAAAUGUUAUAUCAGGACAGGAAUGUAUGUUAAAGAUAUAUGGCAUAACCAUUUGCACUUUACAGAAAACAGCCAUCCUUAUUCUGUAUCCUCCUGGCCUUGUUUGCGUUUCCUUCAGCCAUAGUCUGAAUCUCAAACACAAAUAAAUAGAGGUGUGGACAUAAAGUAGAGAUUAUAGAAAAAGGCCAUUAAUCCCACAGAUAAAUCACAGUAAAUCACCAUUUCUGCUCUCUGGUUAGUUUUAUACAGGGUCUCUUCACAGCUGCCAUUGAACACUGAGUGAAGUAUGCCAGUGUAUCCCCCAGUAGGGUAAAUAAUAUUACUAUGUGUCAGAAUAAACAGUUCAGAUAACACUGUGUCACUAACAAGCCACAAGUUAAGCAAGCGGUUACUCUUUGCACAACCAGUUCAGAUAAGCAGCCAUAGGUUUCAUAGUAAUGGGCAAAGUUUUCUGUGUGACUUGUUAGUCAUUCCAGGCACGGACUGUGUUGGGCUGUUACUCCAGGGCAAUUUAAUAAUCCCACAGGUACCAGGGUUUAGGAUAGGCCACCAAUGGCACUCCAGUUUUUUUGUUAGCCAUAUCAUGCAACAUAGUUGCUACAGCCAUCCAAACAAUGUGCAUUUAUAGAAGCAUCUCUAAUUUUCUGAUCUGGUAAUGUUAGUAGCAGCUGUGUUUGGUGGCAGAUAUUAAGGCACUAGCAUUCAGUGCUUUAAAGGGCUACUUUAAUCUCAAAAUGUUUAACCAGAAUAAGUGCAGAGAAAUACAUAUGCUGGCAUAUAGUUAUGAUGGUUUUUAAUGGGGCUAUAAGAAAAAUUGGGGUAUUUAAAUCUAUUUGAGUGACCUUGCCCCCCGGUUACAUCAAGUCAUGCCCUCUAAACUGCUUGACUACAAUGCUUCUGACUUCUCUUAACUAUUAAACACAGUAGGAGUAGCUUGUGACCAGCCUGCCAGUAAAACAAUGGCUGCUUAGGCAAGGUUAGUGGUAAGCACAUAUGGGAUAUCUUGUUGGCUGCACUAAAUCACCUCCAGUGCCGGCGACAUAACAUUUAAAACUACCUUUGUUUUAAAGCGAAUCAAAAUCACUCUAGAUUUUUUUUUUGUGCCCAAACUGGUGUCAAUUUAAAACAGGUGACAAAACAUCCCAUAUGAGCUUACCCUAAAAAGCAAGAUGAGUCCGUAAAACAAAAGCCUGAUAAAAUAUAGCAUAUGUGAGAUUAAAAAUACUUUAAGUUCCGAUUAUUUCCAAUUGCAUAGGGAAAAUAAAGGUUUGGUGGAUUCAGUGGUGUAACUAUAGCUUCUAGCCAACAAGAACCCCCCCCUUACCAGAGUGUGUUGGCACAGGGCGGAUAGUUGGCCGAGUCCGGGAGGGAAGUGGGCGAGAGGAUAGGGAUCGGAGUGUGCUGUGCCCCUCUGAAGAUUUUUUGCAGGGGGGCUCGGCGCACUCUAGUUAUGCCACUGGGUGGAUUUUAAAAAUAGUAACACUGGGCAAAUUAGCACCUGGCCAGUAGCCCAUAGCAACCAACUUUGCCCAGUGUUUAUAAAUGUCGCCCCUCUUAUCUGAAGGAAUGGGGGGAAUGAAGGCAUCUACAUUUUUUCCCACUUCCUUAAGAGGGUUUUAUUGCUCGGCCAUAGACCUUAAAUUGCCCAUGAUAGAAUAAAGAAUAUGUUUUUUUCUGGUUGAUGAGCAGCCAGUGUCUGUAUAUUUUUACUUUAUAUCAUAAAGCAGGAAAGUGAAUGUAUUCCAUAGGGGCAUGGUCAUAUACAGUGGAUCCUCCAAUUUCCUCCACCUGCUCUUUCCUGUAGCAGUAAGAAGAAUUUCACCGGCACACAGGAAUUGUAGUAGCAGGGCAAGC